UUCUCUACCCUCCGCCUUCCUUUCUGUACUCUCCAGCUUUCUGCCCCAGCCCUUUGCCUGACCCACCUUUGCUUCAGGUUCGCCAGGAUCUGCCAUCUUCAGAUUUUUGUUCUACUCCUCUGCAGCCUGGUGGCCAAAGUGGUUUUCUCCCUUCAGGGGCCCCUGCCCAGUAGAUGCUUCUACCCAUGGUAGAUUCACAGCGGCCUGUGGUGAGCUUUGGCUCCCUGCCACCGGCACCACCUCCUGCCCCACCCCCUUUUUCUCUGUUACCCAAGGGCCCUGUGCUGCUGCCCCCCAGCCUGGCUGUGCGACCCCCACCUGCCCCUGGUACUCGGGUGCUGCCUUCACCUGCCAGGCCUUUCCCCCCUAGCUUGGGGCGAGCAGAGCUACAUCCAGUGGAACUAAAGCCAUUCCAGGAUUAUCGAAAACUGAGCAGCAACCUGGGGGGACCUGGGUCGUCAUGUACUCCCCAAGCUGGAAGGUCUUUCUCUGGCCUCAAUUCCCGUCUCAAGGCCCCACCUUCAACCUACAGUGGAGUCUUCCGCACCCAGCGCAUUAACCCCUACCAGCAGGCUUUUCCACCAGAUGCCCUGCACUGGAUGCCGAAACCUUGGGAGCAGACAGGGCCACCUUCUAGAGAGAGGCCUUCCCGACCGGCAGAGGAGCCUGGGUCCCGUGGGGACAAGGAGCCUGGGUCGCCCCCACCUCGUUGA